ACACAGAUUAAAAAAAAUACAAUUUUAAAUAUGCUUUUAUUUUUGGCAACGCAAAGCGCAAACCCCCGCCCCCUUGUUCCCUCGCCGGCCACCGUAAGCUACGUCAGACGUAAAUAAACAGACUAAGGUUGGUUGAUAGCCCAGCAGCUAGCAGACACUUGGAGCUAACAUGGCGUUUACUCUCUACUCGCUCAUUCAAGCCGCAAUUUUGUGCGUGAAUGCCGUGGCGGUGUUACACGAAGAAAGGUUUUUGAGUAAAAUUGGCUGGGGAGUGGACCAGGGUGUGGGAGGAUUUGGUGAUGAACCCGGCGUUAAAGUGCAGAUGAUGAACCUGAUUCGCUCCGUGAGGACCGUAAUGAGAGGUGAGCUCCAUCCCCCAUUUUAAAAAAAUAUCAUACAGAAUAAUCAAUCACCCCAAACAUUUGUACCGUCGACUCUUUUGCAGUACCUUAAUCGCAGUGAAUGCGGUCUGCAUGGUUUUGUUGCUGCUCUUUGGAUGAGAAAACAAGUCGGAAAAGCAGCACAGACCACUCAGGAAGCAGCUGACAUGUAGAAUGUUGCCCCCCAAAAAUAUCACGUAAUAAGCCUUUUUUUUUAUUGUGACGCCCUACUUUGUCGUGCUUUUCACCAAGACAUGUAUCACAGUCCGUUUGGGUGUUCAAAUGUAAAUUAAUUGUGGAAAUAGUUGUUUCCUGUAUAAAUAGAGUAGUAAAGAGUUGAUUGAAACUGGUCUGUUUUCUUUUCGC